GCCGACAAAAACCGAAAGGUGAGGAGUUGGUGAAGUGAACCGACACGUGUAAAAACUUGAAACCCGUGGCUCAUCUUAUCAUCAUAGAUGGUGCUGGAAGAAGCGGAAGCAGACAAUGGCCUCUACGGACAAGAAGGUAUGGUCGACAUCGAUGCAAAGAAUAAUGGAUACGAAGAACUUUUUCAUGCGAACCACGAACAGUCUCACUUCCACGACAGUGAAUCGCCCCGAACGCUGUCUCCUUAUGUAGUAAGCAAGGAAGAACCGAAAUCUUGGGCGCUCGAUCCCAGGAGCAGUCCGGAAGAUGGAUUCCGAAACCUAGCUCAAUACCUUACACACGAAAAAGCACGUCAUACAUCGAAUUCGUUGACAGUCGACUGCGAGUUACAAGCUGAAAACAGUGUCCAAAAAGUUAGGAAAGACGAUUUUCCCUAUCGCUCACAACAUCAGGAUUGUGAUGAAGUUUUCGUGACUCAGCAACACACAACCGAUAGUGGUGUCCUAUGCAACUCAACGACAGAUGCGCCUCAUUUAACAAACAGACAAGAAAACGGAAACAUAGAUAAUUCAUUAAGACACUCUGUGAAGUAUUCCCGUUUUAGUUCGGAGAGCAAAACUGAAAAGGAGUGUGUCCGGCGCCCAAGCCCCAAUACAGCUAGUUCCAUGUUUGAUAUUAAGUCUACGAAAGAGCGAGAUGGGAUUAACGAAAAGCUCUACUCGCCUGGUGGUUCUACUUUGCCCAAGACCAGUGGGCAUGAAAGCUUCCAUGUAAGUCCCUUAAGGAAAACAAUCAUUGAAAGCCCAUGUGAAGUAGAGAAACCUGGAGGAGAGAAGUCGAGGUCCAAGCCGACGUUCAUACAGGGGGAGGCAGAGAGUUUGCUGAAAAACGACUUACCUGAGUAUAAUGAUGGGUGUUCAAUUGGAAGAGGGGCAGCUGAAUUUGAGAAAUCAACGCAGGAUUCAUGUUUCACAAGGACUCGUUCAUUGCAUUCCAGAAGAGAAUUGCAACCUUUUGUGAAUGCGAGCAGUUCGAUGGAAAAGCAUCAAUGCUGUCAUCGAAGGGAUUCCUCGUCGAACAGUUGUUCUACGAGCAUGGUACGUCGCCCACAAGUUUUCUACAAUCCAAAUUCAUCUAAACCUUCCAAUGAAAACGCCUACAAAAAGGGAUAUGCUACCAGAGAAAACCCACAGACCAACCAGUAUUUGGUACACGAGCGACAGGUGGAUUUUGUUAAUGAAGGUGGCACAGACGAUCAUGUGCACCGAAGACAAGAGAAGAUGCAAUGCAUGAAAUCAGUUCGACCUUAUAUACAACAAAGCCAAUCACUUGAAGGAGGUAGUGUUUACCGAUCAGACUAUCCACCAAGACAAGCCCAAAUGGAGCGCAGUUUUGCUCCAAAAUACGAAUACUGUCGUCCUUCUGUACCCUAUAGUUGUUCGACUACCUAUUCGGAUGAUUAUGUGGGGCGUCGUAUGCAAAAGCCACUAAGUUUCAAACCUUCGCAAAGUUACAACAGACCAGAAGUUAGGAUGGAAAGCCACACAUGUCACCGAGAUGAAUUCAAGUGGCGGGAGAAUGAUGAGCAAGAGAGUGUUUACGUUAGACCGAGACACCGGCCACCUGCGGAGCCAUUUGAAGGCAUCUCCAGCUACAGCACAGAUUUCAGGGCGAAACCGAUAAAAAGGAGGAACGGGUUUCUACCUCGUGAUAACUUAUCUAUCGGAUGCGAAUCCGGGAUGCAUAAUCGUACCACAUACCAAGAUGAGUUUGUGCCCUAUGAGGAACCUAUGCAAUCGUCCUACAAACCAUGCCAGCACUAUGCACCCCCUGAAGGGCAAAUGGAGAAGAUCACCUCUUACAGAUCGGAUUAUAAACCCCCGGAUAUUGGCCGGUUCCACUCCGUGAACGAUCUUAGCUCCAAGUGCGCGUGUUGCAUUGAUUCUUACACCGAGUCACAAAACGGUCGAUCACACCCAAACAUACACAUGCCUCACGCGUCAUUGCUGAACUCGCCCAACAACCACAGAAAGCGAGUGUCCAUAAAUGGUCCCCAAAUAUGCCGAGGUUUCACAGAACCACGCUCUUCCAGCGUGGCACUCCGUAGACCCGUUUGGAGGCGCAACAGUCGUGUUGUUUCGUUAGAUCGCUCAACUAAUCCCCGUGCUGUUUCCGAGUCUGGUUUCGCUGAUACCCUACACGACAGGUAUGCAAGAAGGGUUAUUCCGUAUGACGAGCAAGUGCACACGAAUGAAGAAAUGUCCUACGAUUUGGAAUCCAGUUAUUGGCUGCCUCCAGGAAGGACUCAAAACUCUCAGCACAUCAGAAUGAAAUUGAACGGUAAUCAACCAAGGCCGUGGAAUCAAUACGCCAGGCAAAAUGAUGCGGAGUCAGCUGCGCAUUGUACCAGACUACCACCAUUGCCAUUCAAUAGAGCCGAGACGCGACACACGGAUGGCUGCUUUGUGCAUGAACCAUAUAUUUGUCUUCCUGCAGUGGCCUGACACUAUGACACAGCGUUCUUCAUUUCGCCAUCAAACUGCAAGAUACCUUUAUUUGAACGUGAACACGUUAGUUUUUCGUGGAAUAUAUUACAGUAAUUUUCCCAAAGUAUACUACAUGCUCACAAUACACUGUUGUUAGUAUAUUAUUUAUUCAACCUAAUU